AUGUCUUCUCCAAAUAUUACUGUAGAUGUUACCAAUGUUUCAGGCAAAAUCGUGCCCUUUGUGGAAUUAACAGUGGCCCACGCAUCCGUCUUGACAAUAUUGGCCAUCAGCUUCGAACGUUACUAUGCUAUUUGUGAGCCAUUACGAGCUGGAUACAUCUGUACAAAAGCCAGAGCAACCUUCCUCUGCUUCCUAGCUUGGGUCUUUGCCGCAGUGUGUGCAAGUCCAAUGAUCUGGGUACCCAAGUAUGCAAAAAUGGGUCCGAAUGGAACAGUAACCCGCGAGGAGGCGAACGAAGUGUCAAGCAUUCCAGUCUGCCUAAUGCAGGCGACAACUACGUCCAUCACAAUUUUUAUUCUUCUCCUGACAACUUUCUUUUUUUUCGUACCCCUUAUAAUUCUACUGAUGCUGUACUCUAUUGUGGUGAAGCACCUGAUCAAUGACUCAUCAACAUCAACGGCAGAGUCUUAUCACAUAAAAGCAAGGAGACAAGUGGUGUUGAUGCUUUUAACAGUGGUGUUCAGUUUCUUUAUUUGUUUAGCACCAUUCAAAAUUUUUACUUUUUACAUUGUCCUAGCACCGACUGAGGAGGUCGAUGCCAUUGAUCUUGAUAUAUACUUCAAUGUUCUUUACUUCAGUCGAGUGAUGUUUUAUUUGAAUAGCGCCGUUAAUCCAAUAUUGUAUAAUCUUAUGAGUAGUAGAUUCAGACUGGGUUUCUUAAAACUCUGCGGAUUGAAAAGAAGAUGGGGAACUGAGCGAAGUACGACGAGGAACACUUUAACUACGAGACUAUCCCGGAGGAUUAUUAUUAGUGAUCAGCGGGAGAAUUUCUUAUGA